UUUCUUUCCUGAUGGAUAUAAGUACAAGAAGACCCCCUGCAAGAAUGUGACCACAUUGGGGAAAAAGAAGCCUCCGCCGACAUGCAGCAUCUUCUGGUGAUCGUCCUCCUCGCGUCCUGCUGGACCUUCUGCACUGGAGCCGGAGACUGGUGUUAUCAGUCCCAGUUCACCUGUGAGCAUCAGUGCAACACUCCAGACAAGUGGAACCAUGCAAACGACGCAUGUGCUGGAAAACAACAAUCACCCAUCAACAUUGUCACCAGGAAGACUUUAAAAGACGAGCGUUUGACUCCUCUUCAGUUCACCAACUACCAGCAGAUCUUCAGAGGCACCAUCAAGAAUAACGGCCACUCGGUUCAGGUUGGAGUUCCUCACCUGAGCACAAUCUCAGGUGGAGGUCUGACGACCACCUACAAGGCGGUCCAGUUCCACCUGCACUGGGGAAACAAUGGAGAGGCGGGCUCCGAACACACCAUUGAUGGCGAGCAGUAUCCCAUGGAGCUGCACAUUGUGCACAUGAAGCAUCAUUACACCGAUCUGACGACAGCACUGGCGGAUCCAGAGGGAGUUGCAGUCCUGGGCUUUUUCUAUGUGGUUUCCAAUACUGCCAACCGAAAGUAUGAGCCCAUUGUCAGUGCUCUGCGAAGCAUCAAAACAACAAACGGCAACACAUCGCUGCCUCCCGCCUCCUUGGCACAGUUCAUUCCACCUGAACAGAACCUGACCACCUUUUACCGCUACAAGGGCUCCCUGACCACACCAGGCUGCACCGAGGCCGUGAUCUGGACAUUGUUCGAGAACCCCAUCCCUAUGAGUUUUGAUCAGCUGCGGGCAUUUUCUGAGCUCAAGUUCCAUGACGGCAAGCCCAUGGUGGGGACCUUCAGGCCGGUGCAGCCCCUGAACGGCCGCCCGGUGUUCCGAUCAGGCGGCGCGGCGGUUCUGUUCAGCUCCGCCCUCCUCGUGGCUGCCCUGGCUACGGCCCUGGGACUGUCCCAGCCUAACUAGAUGCGAGUCUCCUAUGCUGCACCGCCACACCCGUGAACACACGAUCAUCAUUCCCAAGUUUGUCACACCAUCACCGCAUGGUUUCCAAAAUUCAGGCAUGGCCCACCAAACCCCCCUCCCCUUAUGACACACAUGACAAAGGUGUUCAAAGAAC